AUGACUACUAACGACAACAUUAACGACCAAUACAAACCUUUAAAGGUAUUAAUAGCAGGUGGCGGUAUUGGAGGACUCUCGGCGGCAAUUUUCCUGCGUCAAGCAGGACACAUUGUGGAAAUCUUUGAACAGUCUCGCUUCGCAUCUGAAACUGGUGCAGCAAUACACAUUCCAAGUAAUGUGAAUGGCCUCUUGAGAAGAUUUGGCAUGAUACCAGAGGAUCAUGGGGCAAAUCAGACAGAGUGGGUAUCGGAGUAUCGGCCAGACGGAGAAUUGGUAUUUUCCAGAGAUGUGAGAGGUCUAUCAAAGGUCUAUCCAUACCCUUGGCAAUUGAUACACCGAGUAGACCUUCAUAAUGCACUUAAAGACAUUGCUACUUCUAAAAAAGGCAAAGGAAUGCCGGCAGCUCUGCAUACUCGAAGCAGAGUUGCGUCUGUUGAUGUUGAAACUCCUUCUUUAACUUUGGACGAUGGAUCUACGCACACGGGCGAUUUCAUAAUCGCUGCAGAUGGCAUCCAUUCAAAGAUCAGAGCUUUACUGCUGAAGGAUCUUCCACCCCCAGAGUCAUCUGGAACCAACGCUUUCAGAUUCUUAAUUCCAAUCGACGAGAUUCGAGCAGAUCCUAAGACAGCACAUUUCGUUGAGAAGUCUGGACAGUUGCUUCUACUAUACGGAAAAGAUCGAAGAAUAGUUGCGUAUCCAUGUAGGAACAAUACUUUGUUGAAUUUUGUGGCAAUGCAUCCGGAAGAAGAAACGGAAGCAAGUUCAGAAGAGUGGAGUCAAAGCGCAUCGAAAGAUACCCUUUUGAAUUGUUACACUUCAUAUACAGAUGAUGUUCAAGCUCUGUUAGCCAAAGUUUCGCCUGAAGAUAUCAAACUCUGGAGUUUACUGGAUCACGAGGAAAUGGGGAGAGAGAAUUGGGUUCACGGAAAAGUGGCACUGCUCGGAGAUGCCGCUCAUGGAUUUCUCCCACACCAAGGACAAGGCGGUGCUCAGGCAAUAGAAGAUAGCGCGGCAAUUGGUGCUUUGUUUCCAUUGGGUACUCGAUCGUCCGAUAUCCAGCAACGUUUGAAGCUUUACGUUCAAGCCAGAUACGAUCGUGCUACACUCGUACAAGAUUUCACUCGCCAAGCUGCAUUUGAGACUCCUCGUGGAAAACAUGGAGGUAAGGUUAUAGAUCCCAUGCAAUUUAUGCAAACAAACUUAUCACAUGAUGCUUACGAUCAUGCGCAUGGAAUUUUGAUUCGGUAUUUGAACGAAAACGCUCUGUAUCGAAGAAUGCCAAUGUCUUUUGGGCCUAGCCCAGGUCCAAGGCAAGAUCUCAACGGAAUAAAACGAAAUCCCUUGAAGGCAACAUACAAAACAAGUUACAUCACCUUCAAAACAUACAAGAGCUAUCUAUUAACUCUUUUGCCAUCCGAUGAUUUCCAAAUCACUACAGAGGGUAUGUGGGCAACUGCCACAUUCUCUGUCACACGCUUGGAUAAUUUGGAGUGGCUCGGGGGUCGGGGGUACUCAAUGCUGGGGUUUUAUGUUCAUGAUAUCGUACAUAAGAGUUCCUCAGACAGCCAUUCUGGUAAUUCAACUGAACUGAAAGGUGAUUUCCUGCCAGUUCUCUUCGAAAAUAUGGCCGAUCCAAUCAUCACUGGCCGAGAGGAGUUAGGGUUUUCGAAGGUGUUUGCGACAUUGGAUGAAAAAGCUAGCUCGGAAUCGUCGUUCAUAUUGAGUGCUUGUUGGGAAGGUACCGAAUUUUGUAGCCUAACCUUGAAUGAUUUGGAGGAGGCUCCAGAUGCUGAGUCUGCUCUAUGCAGUCCGGUUUUGCACUACAAGGCCAUCCCAUCAAGUAUGAAAAAGGGACAAGAUGCGGAGUACGCAACAACUUAUCCUUCAAUACCGACGGCUGAAGGAGAAAGGAGAUGGAAGGCUGGGAAGGCGGAAAUUGUAUUCACGGAUCUGGAAAAUGGGGAACUGGAGAUGGCGUUCCCAACUCUGGCUAACAUAAUCAAGGGAUUGAGGGGUGUCAAAGUAGUGGAGAUCAUUAGAUCGGGAAUACAAGCUUCAGCGUCUUAG